CUUUAUCAUUCUCCUCCUUCUUCCAAAACCUAGCCGACGCUAGGGUUUAAGACGCCCCGCAUUUCUCUCUAACGCCUAAAACCCCUAAACUAUUUAUACCCACCUGUCGCCAAUUCGCCAUGAAAUCUUGUAACUUCAAAACCCUAAAUUUAUUCAUCAUAGAUGAUGGGUUAUGCACGUAGCAACACCAAAAUCAAAGUCGAACAGGAGUCUCUGGAAGUUUCACCAGGCCUCAAGAAAUCCAACGUCUCACUUGAUCAAUCUUUCAUAGAGUUCGAAGAAUAUCCCGACACUUUCUUAGACUCUCUCUUGAAUUUUGACGAUUGGGUUGAAGAUCAUCCAAAUUCAUCGGUGGCUCAAGCUAUGAAUUCAGAAGAGAAAUCCAAUUUGGACAAGUCUUUGGAAAUUAAGGAAGAGAAAGAAGAAGAGGUUUGUGAGUCUGCGAAAUUAGAGGACUUGGGGGAUUUGAUUCAGGAAGGGAUGGGUCGAGUUCGUUUAACUUCGGGUGUUGAUGUGAUUGAGGGUGCAAGUAGUGAGGUUACAGGUAGUGAGGAAACUACCAAUGACGAUGAGAUUGGAGUGAAGAAUAAUGUUGAGAAAGGUGCUGAUGAUGUGGAAGAGUCAAAGGAUGAGGAUUCUGAUUCGGAUUCUGAGAAGGAUUCAUCAUCAUCUUCAUCGUCUUCUAGUAGCAGUAGUGAUGAUGAUGAUGAUGAUGAAGAGGAUGAUGAAGAAGAAGAUGGUAGUGAUGAUGAAGAAGACGAUGUGAAAGAGGUAAAGAAAGUGAAAGGGGAGGUGGAAAUGGAAGAAGGUGAGAUAAGAGAUUUUGAUGUUGAGGAUGAAGACGAAGAUGGUGAUGUUGUGAAAGGGCCAAUUCGUUCAAGGAAUGAGGUUCAGGAUCUACCUCCUGUCCCUCCAGUGACUGUAACAAUUCAACCACAUCAUAAGACACUCCCAGUUGGAGUUGUAUUAUCGAUUAUGGGUGCACAAGUCAUAGUGGAAGGCGUUGAGAAUCAUAAUCCAUUAAGUGAGGGUUCAAUUCUAUGGAUAACCGAAAGUAGAUUACCAUUAGGAGCAGUGGAUGAAAUAUUCGGACCCGUAAAAAACCCGUAUUACAUUGUCCGAUUCAACUCAGAAACGGAUAUCCCAACCGGGAUCCAACUAGGCAGCUCAAUAUCUUUCGUUCCCGAGUUUGCAGAUUAUGUUUUGAAUAACAACAAUCUUUACAAAAAAGGUUACGAUGCCUCCGGUGAAAACGAUGAAGAAUUAUCCGAAGAACUCGAGUUUUCCGAUGAUGAAAAGGAAGCCGAGUACAAGAAAAUGAUAAAAAUGGCAAAAAGGGGAUCGAGCGAACAAAAAAACGGAAAUUUGAAAAAGGAUAAGAAGUCAAGAAACCGCGGUGGUGGUCAACGGAAUAUCGUUGACCACCACCACCGGCCGGAGCCUCAGGCUCCGGCAGGUGGUCCGCCUGGUUUUUCGCCAGGCGGACCUUCUCCGGUGAAUGGACCGUCGGUCUUUUCACCGGGACAACCUUCUGCUAGUGGGCCGUCGGGAUUUUCCCAGGGCCCACACGCGGCUAACUUUACCGGACCACCUCCUGGAGUUUGGCCGAACGGGUUCCCGUCUAUUCCGCCGCAAAACAUUGGUUUCUUUACGAACGGAGGGUUUAUGCAACCGAAUUUUACGCAACAGCCCUUCCAGAAUCUUGGUUUGCCGAAUAUGGCCCCUUUUCAUCCACAGUUUAAUGCUACGGGUCAAAUGUUUCAGCCGAGUUUCGGGCCAAAUCCGGCAUUCGGGUCAUGGCCCGUGGGUAUGGGUCAGAAUAAUUUCAACCAGUCACAAGUGGGCCCACCGAUGGGGUUUCCGGGCAUGUUUCCUGGGUCUUCCAUGAACAAUGGUGUAGUACAGCAGCAAGGAGUUGGGGUGGCUAAUGGGCUUCAAAUGGAAAAUAAUGGUGGUGGGAGGCCUCCUUUUGUUGCCGGAAAUGGUGAAAGUUCUCAAAAUCGUGGAGGAAGAAGGGGGUUUCAAAGGGGUGGUGGGCGGUUUAGAGGUGGUAGAGGUGGCAGAAAUGGGCCACAGUCGAGGUGAACAUUUUUGUAAUUUUAUGAUUAGUUUUCGUAUUAUUCUUAUCUGUGAUACAAAGAGUCGGGUUACUUUUAUUCUGUUUGAGUUGUUAUUUUGGAUGUAUAAUUAAUGUUAGAUUAUACAUGUGGUUUUAUUGUGUUCAAUAUCAUGUAGUAAUGGUAAGGUGGUAGACAGGUAGG